AUGAAAGACCUCACAGCCGCAGAACUAGAACUCGAAGCCCUUCUCGAAUCCCGUCUCGAGAUCCUCUCCACCCGCCUCCAAGCUUUCACCCAAGCCACCCAAGCCCUCUUUGCAGAAACCCAAGAGCUCCACAAGAAUGUCCAAGCAAAAGCCAGACGCAUGUACGUCAUCGAGGACAACAUCCUCCGUCUCCAGGGGAAACCCGGUCUGCCACAUUUGUUCACCGAGAGUGGGCUUCAGAGACGCCCUACUGCGGGAGGGAUUGGGAAUAAUGAGAUUGAGGAUAUCAAGAUGGGCGUCAAGACGUUGAGGAGGAAGUUCCAGGCUGCUGGCGCGGUCGUGUCGACGGUUGGGUGGUGGAGACAUUUGAAGGAGAAGGAGAAUAAGGCUGCUGGUGUGGGCAAAGUUCCCGCCGUUCCCGUCGUUCCUAUCACUGCUGCUUCUGCUGCUGCUAAACUGUCGAUCGAUACAUCCUCGGCUGCCAUUCAAGACUCUCAGGCGCCAUCCCCACCCGCCUCCAUAUCCCCAGUCGCCGCCGUCCCUGCUGUCCCUGCAAGACAAGCCGUCGUCUCACCCAAGGCUGUUCUCUCUCCUACCUCGCCAUCAACUAAGAAGCGAAACACCAUGGCCCUUCAAGAUAUCUUCACCGCCUCGCCGACCACAAAACCGUUGCAUCAACACUACGCGCUCUCGCCAAGCACUGAACGUGCUAACCCAGCUCUCGGACUCUACUCGCCUCCGCUGUCUCCAAAGACUGCACAAGGACCUAGUGCAACGUCCGGGAACUCUUUGAUGCGUGCCCUUAGCCUUCGUUCUUAG